AUGUCAACACAGAUUUCUCAUCUGGAACCAUGGCACACCUUAGCCGGAAAAGUUGUCCUCGUCACCGGAGCUUCUGCCGGCAUCGGCCGUGAUAUUUGUCUCGAUCUCGCACAAGCCAGCUGCCGUGUUGUCUUGGCAGCUCGUCGUGUUGACCGCCUCCUGUCUGUCUGUGACGAAAUCAAUGGUGACUUAUCAGAAAACCUCCGUGCAGUUGCGGUGGAGCUCGAUGUCGCAGCCGACGGCUCCGCCAUAGAGAAGUAUGUGCAGAAAGCGUGGGAAGCUUUUGGGCAUAUUGAUGUGUUAAUAAAUAAUGCUGGUAUCAGAGGAAAUGUUAAUUCACCUUUGGAAUUGUCUGAGGAAGAAUGGAAUAAUGUGUUUAAAACAAACAUAACUGGUACAUGGUUGGUGUCAAAACAUGUAUGCAAACUAAUGCGCGAUUCAAACAGAAAAGGAUCAAUCAUCAAUAUCUCUUCAAUUGCUGGCUUAGAAAGGGGUCAAUUACCUGGAGCUACUGCAUAUGCAUGUUCAAAAGCAGGUGUAAACAUGCUAACAAAGGUGAUGGCAUUGGAAUUGGGGGCGUAUAAAAUAAGAGUGAAUUCGAUAUCACCCGGACUUUUCAAAUCGGAAAUCACUGAGAGUUUGAUGAAGAAAGAUUGGCUAAACAAUGUGGCCAUAAAAACGGUACCAUUGAAAGAUUAUGGCACUUCAAAUCCAGCGUUAACUUCAGUUGUUCGGUAUUUAAUUCACGAUUCUUCUGCUUAUGUGACCGGAAAUAUUUUUAUUGUUGAUGCUGGUGCUACCUUACCCGGCGUGCCUAUUUUUUCAUCACUAUGA